AUGCCUUCGGGUCUGAUUUUCCGUGCAAUUGAACAACACCUAAUUCAAACCAUUCAGAAUUCCGGUGGCGUAACUCCAAACUUUGACGAGAGAUUUAUUAGCAGCGCAGGAACGUCGCAAAAUGCAGCACUAUCCAUGCCAAAUGCAGCUAUGCUUUUUUCUGGUGCAAACGGUUCUCCGGAAUCUCUAAAUGCUCUUCGUAACCAACAAUACCUUGCGCAACUUGCACGCCAUCAGUCGGAAUUAACGCAGUACAGCGCGAAACAAAUGGAAUAUCUCGAUCAGCAGCGAAGGUACCAGCAAUCCAUGAUUGAUCAUCAGGCCGGUGCUGCGCUUCUGAUGCAAAAACAACAGCAGGAUCUCAUCAACGAGCAAAUGAAGCAGUUAAAAGCAUCUUAUGGAAACAACGACAAUCUCACAAAUGACAACACUGUUGGAGGAAGGGUCCUUACGGCUAAAGCAAAAGGAGUGAAAAAUCGUGCGUUCGCUGAUGAUGACAUAAUUGCGAAUGAUGAACAUUUAAGAGAAUAUUUCAAAGAAAAAUACGGCAUAAAUCUAUCCAGUGAGGCAAGCACACUCACCGACGAGGAGAGAGAAACUCUCAAGGCACUGAAGGAACUUCUUUCUAAGAACAAAGAAGAAACUAUUGAACGAGGAGUUUUUAAGACGAUGGAAUCACUGAAGAGUAAGCAACAAAAUGGCACAGUAUACAUUGGUAUUGUAAAAAUGCAAAACAAUUUCCGAAAAAUCGGCCUCAACCGCUCACGAACUCAUGGAUCGAAAACAGCUAAAUCAUCGGAAUUAUCUAGCACCUGUUCACAGUGUAUUCCUCACAAUAUUGACAUGAUGAAAGGAGCAUGGACUCAGAUGUACGGGAAUCCAAGCGUUAUCAAAAAGAUUUUUGGAACUAUAAUGAGUCUCGAAAGAAUGCAGGCGGCUAAUGGAAGAACGGUUCUAACAUCAAAGGGAACGGCUUGCGUAGGCUUGGAAAGUAAAAAUUUUAGGGCUGCAGCUAUUCAUCUUAAGAUUUCAUUUAAUCACACUUAUUUGGAAGUUUUUCGAUACGAUUCGAAAGGAAAUGAAUUGCACGAGGUCAGAUUUAGCUUUGAAUAUUUUGACAUUAGCAUCGUUGAAGCUGAUACGUUAAUUCUUUAUACAGUAACACCCAUGUGCUUAGUGAAAGCUGGUCCAGUGGAUGUAAACCGCUAUGAAAUCUUGGUUUUAGCUGAAACUUCAGGCAAAAACGCUUGCAGGUCGUAUCACGUCUUCGCUCGCAAUACGGACGAAUUUAAUCGUCGACAGUUCGAUUAUGUCUCAGAAUUCAUGGAAAAUGUGGGUCGACCUUGUAUUACAUUCAUUUGA